UAGAGCCUGUCCAGAAAGCGCGAUUUGCGCGCGUGUCAACUCGCGCGUAAGCACUCGCGCGUUCUCGAGAUACUAGAGCUACAUACAUCCCGUGCAGAUGCCCUCGCGCGUUACCUCACACGCGCGUAAAACGCUUGCAAUGAGCGGGACUCUCGACUCGCGCGUUUUACGCGCGUGUGCCGCGCAUAUCGAGAUACUUCGGCGCCAUUGCUGCGUCCAGUACUACGCGCGUGUCCGUGGCGAGUGGACGUAUUCGGUUCAAAAUGGAGCGUGAUAACUUUGACACAGAACUUUUUAUCGACGAAAUUGAGAAAAGGGUAGCUAUAUGGGAUAUGGAAUCAUCAGAUUAUUCUAAUAGAAUCAUUAAACGUAGGAACUGGGAAGAAAUAGUAGAAAUUUUUUGUGAAGCUGGUGAUUCCGAGGAGAAAAAAAAAACUUUAGGUACUUUAUUGCAGAAGAAGUGGAAAGGGUUGCGUGAUGGCUUUGUAAGAGAAAUGAAGAAGAAGAAAACCACACCGUCUGGAUCAGGAGCCUCCAGCAAAGCCAAAUAUAUUUAUUUUGAACGUUUGAUGUUCCUCGAAAGAUCGACACGGAAUAAAAUAACUGAGAGUAAUAUCAACACCGCGUCUGUUGCAGUUGAAGAACAGGAGUUUUCGGGCGAUGGGGAAGAUGUAAUGAGACCUCCACGUAGUCAGGCGAAAAAGAAGAAAAAACUAAAUGCAGCCGACGAAGAAUUUCUUUCCAUCAUAAAAACAAAUUUAGCAUCUGGAAAUCAGCCACAGACAUUAAACCAAACGGAGUCAGAUGAUGACAAACUAUUUUGUUUGUCCUUACACAAAGAGCUUCUUAAAGUACCAGAGGAACACAGACUUCAAACAAAAAUUGAAUUAAUGAAAGUACUUCAAGCUCAACAAGUACUGUGCCUUAAACCUGCAGCUGCUCGUUCCGACUACCAACCUUCGUCACAAUAUCAUUACCAAACAGGAAUGACUCAACGUGGACAGAGAGAUUAUUUUGGAGAAACAGGGUAUACCGCAACAGACCCUUCAACAUCUUCGUUUCCACCUGCAACCUUUUCGACUUACAAUCGAGGUUAUUGUACUGCUUCACGACCACCAAUGACGUCUAGCUACAAAACCCCAUCACCGGCAUCUACACAAGAUUCCAAUGAAUCUGAAUUAAUGGAACUUUACGAUAAUUAAAUUCAAUAUUAAGUACCUACCUAUAUAAGAAUGAUUCCUAAUUUUUGUUAAUUUUGUUCAAAUUCUUUAUUUUUGUUAAUUAGGUCUUAGUUUAUACUUACUAAAGCUAUAAAAAAUAUUACCUCAAAGUAAUCACGAGUUUUUCUUCUGCAGAAACAGUAUCCCGUACCACAUAAUUUUGACAAGGAGUCAAAUCUUCUUUGAUAAUUUCUAGUAAAUCAUCAAACGAUGCUACUGACAUCCGAAAGUAGUUGAAAAACUUUUCACUAUAUUCUCUGAGUUUUGGGUAUAAAGUUAUAAACAUACUAUGCGUCAUUCUGUCGCGUAGAAUGGGAUGCACGUUAAAUCGUCGACUUUCUCUUCGUUUACGACGUCUCCAUCGACGGUAUGCAAGCCACAACAGAACCGCUUUAUCCGAGUCCAUGUUUAUAACUGGCCUAAAGCCGUCUCAUCACAUGCGCGCGUGAAACGCGAGUGAUUUCGCCGCAUCUGGACGCAAUACAAAUCAAAACGCGCGAGUGGACACGCGCGCAAAUCGCGCUUUCUGGACAGGC